CCGGGUAGUGUAUUUCUCAUGAUCGCUGGGUAAUUAUUUUUGAGUUGAAUAAGACAAGAAGUGAAAAAUGUCGAAUUCUCAUUUAUUUAUGAAAUCAGGCUUCCCUAGAGCCCCUCUUCAGAAUGGAGUGGGCAGGUAUAUUUGCCAGCUACAGAGAUUAACUCUGAAAUAUUGCAAACAUCAUGGUGCGAGCAAAGGAAUGAGGGAUUUCCUUGAAAAUAGCCUCUUGGACUAUGCAAAAACAAAUCCUGGAGUUGUUUUAUAUGUAAAGCCAAGAAGACAUCGUUCGCCAGUCAUUGUAGCUGAAUACUUAAACGGGGAGAGGCAGUGGAUUAAUUGUGCCAAUCGUCCUCAUGAGGAGAUUAUUAAAUGGAUGGAAUUGCUGAGGAAGCAGAACAGUGAUUCCUCAGCUAUUAGAUGGCGUAAACUUUGGCAAACCAAUGUUCCAUCAAUUCAAGGCAUUUGGACACCUUUUACUCACCGCAAUCCAGCGUACAAUCUGGCUCAAUUUCCCAGUGAUGCCCUCAGGGAGCCAAUUGAGUGGCCAAAGUCAGCUACUGACGCUCUCUUGGAGAUGUUUGAGAAGCAAAAAAUUACAGAAACAAAUUCAAAAGAGUAGUACAAUAUUUUUUUGUUAGAAUAAAAUUAGAUGAAAAAAAAUUAAAUUACUUUUAGCCCUUUUA